AUGCAUUUCUCUGUUGCUUUCACCACUCUUACAGCCCUGGCCAUGGGUGUCGCUGCCGAUCCCAACUCAAAGCCUCCGCCCAACGCCAAUGUCAUUUCUGCUCGAAUUUGGGGCGAUAGUGACUGCGGCGCCAAGAACAACGACCACAACCUCGGAGAAGUGACUCUCCAUGGUAGUGACGACGGCAAGUGUAGCAAGUUCUUUGACGACGACGUCAAGUCUGUCAAGCAGUACGAACACGAUUAUAACUGCAAAUUGGUGCUCUACUCAGACAAAAACUGCAAGCGUGGAAAGAAGGAUAUCAAGGAUGGACAAUGCCGUGCGACAUCGAGCCAUUUUGGCAGCUACAAGGUGGAAUGCAAGUGA